CCAACCCAUCAUCAUAGACCUAAGAAUAGUCAGCUUCUUUUACCAUUAACCAAUCACUCCCCUUUAUAUGAAGAGAGAGAAACCAUUAACCCCACCACCAGUUUCGCUGUCUCUCACUUGUGUUGCUUGCUUUUAUCCAACUCUUCUUACUUUUCCCUCUCCUUGAUUUUCUGCAACUUCUCACACCUUCCUCCUCUUCAGUUCCUUCAUUUUUGUCAGGUUGGUUCAGAGAAUUAGAGAUUACGAAUGGAGUGCAAUUUUGAAAGAGCAUUGAAGUCAAGUUUUUCAAGAGAAUUAGCAACCCAACAAGUAUUGCUUGAUGAUUUGUUUUGUUUGAAUAAGAUUAAUGGUGUUUCGUGUGAUGAUUUUUCUGUGGACGUUUUUCUGGACUUGUCUGGUGAAGAUUUCAAAGAUGGGUCUGUUGAGGAAUUAGAAUUAGAAUUAGAAGAAGAAGAAGAAAAGGACUCUGUUUUCUUGUCGUCUCAGGACCGAGUCGGCGACGACAAUUCUGUUUUUUCCGGCACUAGCGAUUCUGGAUCUCUUGCCACCGACGAACUCGCCGUUCCGGUUGAUGAUAUGGAGGACCUUGAAUGGUUGUCUCAAUUUGUGGACGAUUCUGUAUCAGACUCGUCUCUUUUGUGUCCCGCCGGAAGUUUUCAGGAGAAAACCGGUAAUUUUGCAGGAACCCGGUCUGAACCGGAGGCGGAACCGGCUGUAUCCGGAGUACCAUCACCAUGCUUUCCCGCACCGUUUCCGGCGAAACCCAGAAGCAAGAGGCCGAGAACGAACGGUCGGGUGUGGUCCUACGGCUCAACGUCUCUGACGGAGUCGUCGUCUUCGCUGUCGUCUUCUUCGUCAACGGGUUCUUCCAUGCCUUGUCUAAUUUUUGCGAACCCGGUUCAUGACAUUGACGCGUUGUACCGAGUGGGUAGACCGGCGGCGAAGAAACACAAGAAGAAUCCGGCGGCGGAUUCUAGCUGUGGGUCACUGACGCAGCGGCGGUGCAGCCAUUGCCUGGUUCAGAAAACCCCACAGUGGCGAACCGGUCCUUUAGGCCCCAAAACCCUCUGUAACGCUUGUGGGGUUCGGUAUAAGUCCGGUCGGCUCUUCCCGGAGUACAGACCGGCUUGUAGUCCGACUUUUUCCGGAGAUGUUCACUCUAACAGCCACCGGAAAGUGCUGGAAAUGCGGCGGAAAAAGGAGGUGCCUGUAAUGGAGUCCGGUUUAACUUCAAUGGUUCCAACUUUUUGAGAAAUAGUCAGAGCUGGAGAUAUAGUGAACCGGAAUAGUUAUUAGACCCGGUUCAGUAGACUGGGCUGGGUUCCGGUUCAAUUGUACAAUUUUGGUGGUGGGUUCCAUUUGUAACAUUGCGACUGCAUUUAGGGAGGUUUUAGUUCUAUUUUUUUUUUUUUUUUUUAAAGAAUUUUAAUUAUAUAGUAGAAUUUGUAGGCUUGAUUAGUGAAUAGAGUGAUAUAAAUAGUUUUUAAAUUAA